CAUCGACACUGACGUAACAUCGAACCGCUUUUCCACAGUCGGUCCUGUUUUCCAUUAACUCUUCGAUCCAUAAUUAUGCUUAGGUUCCAGAUCCUCUUAAAGAAGCCCAUAGUCUCACAACUUCUGCGCAGUCCUGCCCGUUUCCUGCACGUGGGGGAGGCGAAUGUAUUAUCUACUGAGAUUGAUAGGCACUCUGCCGAAUACAAGGAAAAUGCUGCGGAAAUGAGAAAUUUGGUAAGCAAGCUUCACAGCAUAACCCAUGAGGUUUUAACUGGUGGCGGUGCAAAGGCCAAUGAGCGGCACACCUCACGUGGUAAGCUGUUGGCCCGGGAACGCAUUAAUCUUCUGCUGGACAAGGGAUCGCCUUUUCUGGAGCUCAGUGCUUUGGCCGGAUACGAACUGUAUGGUGAAGAGGUGGUAAAUGCGGGAGGAAUUAUCACAGGUGUGGGACGCGUGUGUGGCACUGAAUGCGUCGUGGUAGCUAAUGAUGCCACCGUCAAGGGGGGCAGUUAUUAUCCCAUAACCGUAAAGAAACAUUUGCGAGCACAGGAAAUUGCACAGGAAAAUCGCUUGCCAUGCAUUUAUUUGGUAGACUCUGGAGGUGCGAACUUGCCACGCCAAGCGGAAGUGUUUCCUGAUAAGCUGCACUUCGGACGCAUUUUCUACAACCAAGCCAAUAUGUCUGCGCAGGGAAUACCCCAAAUAGCCGUGGUGAUGGGUAGUUGCACAGCUGGAGGAGCCUACGUUCCAGCAAUGGCGGACGAGAGCAUUAUUGUAAAGAAGCAAGGUACUAUUUUUCUUGCCGGACCGCCACUUGUGAAGGCUGCUACGGGAGAGGAGGUGUCCGCCGAGGAUUUGGGUGGCGCCGACCUGCAUUGCAAAACAUCGGGCGUUACGGAUCAUUAUGCGGUGGAUGACGAGCAUGCCUUAUAUUUGGCGCGUCAAGUGGUCAGUAAUUUGAAUUUGCCGGCAACAAAUGCUUACAACGAGCAGCUGUUGUACUCAAGCCAAAAGACUUUCCAAAAUACGACCGGAAGGACACUCAAUAAUGAUGUAGAGGCACCAAAAUACGAUGCAGAAGAACUGUAUGGCAUUGUGGGUCCUAAUCUCACAAAAAGCUUCGACGUUCGCGAGGUGAUUGCUCGCAUUGUUGAUGGAAGCAGAUUCACGGAGUUCAAAAAACUCUAUGCAGAGACUUUGGUGUGUGGCUUUGCAAAGUUGUAUGGACAAACUGUCGGCAUUGUGGGCAACAAUGGCGUACUCUUCUCAGAGAGCGCUUUGAAGGGCGCCCAUUUUAUACAAUUGUGUGGACAGCGGAAAAUCCCUUUGGUAUUUUUGCAGAAUAUUACGGGCUUCAUGGUGGGACGCGAUGCUGAGGCGAACGGCAUUGCUAAGAACGGAGCAAAGAUGGUUACAGCCGUGGCUUGUGCGAAUGUGCCAAAAUUCACGGUCAUCAUCGGUGGGUCGUACGGUGCUGGAAACUAUGGCAUGUGCGGACGAGCCUACUCCCCACGCUUUCUUUACAUGUGGCCCAAUGCACGCAUUUCGGUUAUGGGCGGUACACAAGCAGCCAAUGUGUUGGCCCAAAUAACAGCUGAUCAGCACAGGCGAGCCGGCAAAGAAUUUAAGGAGGAGGAGGCAAACAAAUUGAAGGCCCCAAUUUUGGAAAUGUUUGAAAAAGAAAGCUCGCCCUACUACAGUUCUGCGCGAUUGUGGGAUGACGGCAUUAUUGAUCCAGCCAAUACGCGUCAGGUGCUGGGACUGAGCCUGAAGGCAGCAUUAAAUAAUGCUCAACAUGACACAAAGUUCGGUGUUUUCCGUAUGUAGGGAUCGGUUGGAUCGGGUACCGAUUACAGAGGGAAAGGCAUUUACAUGAAGUGGCAUUUAAUGUCUGCACUUCAAAUUGAAACUGUUGCAUUUAUUAGCUGUAAGCAUGACAUUGGUCGAAAUUGUGGAAUUGUGCAAUUGGUGAUUUUAAUUUGUGAAUAGUAUGAAUUUUUUGAAACUAGAAAUGGUUGCUUACAUA